AUGACUAUAAAAGGUUAUUUUGGAAUCAUUUAUUAUAAUAUUACAUAAAAAAUUGCGUAAUAAUUUAGAAUUAAAUCCAACUUACAUAAAAUGACAUUAUUUUUAAAAUAAAACAUCUUUUCUUCUUAAAACGCUGAACAAUUACCAUAGACUGUCCAAGUCAUUUAAUUAAACCAGUACAUAUGCUUUUAGAUUAUACUUCCUAAGAGGUAGGCUUAUCUAAUUAAUCUAAUCUUAGGCUGUGAUAAUAGAAAGCUCUCCAUAUCCUAAUAGAAAGAAUUUCUCAAUUUUGCUAGAAUUGACCCAUAUGGCCAUUCCUUCAUGAUAUAUAAUUCAAUUGAACUUAAAAACAAGGUAAAUUAAUGGUAACUAACUCUUCCUUGGAUUACACCACAUUACGCAAUCAAAAGCAACCCUAUUGAGCCUUUAAUAUAAGAUAAAGUAAUAGUACUCUUAGUAAAUAAUUAAUUAAUUGAAUGA